AUGUCCGCGUUUAAGGCUCCACAGGCGCCACCCAUCUUCAAACAUGACCCGGAGUCUCUUAUUCAUGACACCAAAGCUUUGAUUGAAAAAUCAAGGAGCACUCUUGACCGUCUUGCUAGGGACAUUACCCCAGAGACUGCUACCUUUGAAAAUGUCAUUGCCCCUCUGGCCGCCGAUGAGAACGAUAUGGGCCUUUCGUCCCAUAUACUCGGUUUCUACCAAUACGUGUCGUCUGAUCCGAAGAUCAGAGAGGCGUCUAGUGAGGCCGAUAAACUCUUGAGUGAAUACUCCAUCGAAGCGGGGAUGAGAGAGGAUAUUUUCAAGCUGGUUAAUUCCGUGGCCAAAUCCCCCCCUUCGAACCUUACACCAGAAGGCAGGCGACUCGUCGAAAAACUUAACACCGACUACAUUCGUAUGGGUCUGGAAUUGGAAGGGCCCAAACGAGACCGUUUCAAAGAGAUAAAAAAGGAACUCUCGGUUCUAAGCAUCGAUUUCUCUAAGACUCUCAAUGAAGAGAAUGGAGGAAAUUGGUUUACAGAACAGCAGUUGGAGGGAGUUCCCACUGAUGUUAUCAAUAUUCUCAAAACGGACGAGAAGGACGGUGUAAAGAAAUACUUUCUCACUUAUAAAUACCCCGAUCUCUUCCCGACUCUCAAAUUUGAUAUUAAUGCGGAUGUUCGCGAGCAAGUCUUCAUUGGUAAUGAGAACAAGUGCCCCGACAACCUACCGAGGUUCGAUAAGACCAUUCGCCUGCGCCAUGAAAAAGCCCAGUUGCUGGGGUAUGAAAACCAUGCCCAGUAUGUCUUAAAGGAAAAAAUGGCGAAGUCGCCAGAAAAGGUCAACUCAUUUUUGGGUGACCUCAGAAGCAAGCUUACUGAGGGUGGAAGAGCGGAAGUCCAGAAGUUGAAGCUGCUUAAAAAGAUGGAUGUGGAGGCUCGUGGACUAUCCUUUGAUGAUAAAUAUUACCUGUGGGACCAUCGAUUCUACGAUCGCCUUGUUCGAGAACAAGAAUUCAAUAUCGACGAGAACAAAAUUGCCGAAUACUUCCCAUUGCAAAAGUGUGUCGAUGGCAUGCUAACAAUAUUUGAAAGGCUAUUUGGCUUAAAAUUUGUUCAAGUUGCCGAGGAUGGUGCACAGGUUGGGUCCGGAGAGCGCGGAUGGCACGAAGAUUGCAAGGUUUAUCUUGUUCACGAUGAAGAGUCGCUGGGCGGAGAGUUCGUCGGUUACUUGUAUCUGGACUUACACCCUCGAGAAGGGAAAUACGGCCAUGCUGCAAAUUUUAACCUAAUCCCGGGUUUCCUUCGUGAGCCUGGUAACUCUACAAGCCGCAACUAUCCAUCUACUGCGCUGGUUUGCAACUUUUCUAAACCAACCCCUUCCAAGCCAUCUCUUCUCAAGCACGAUGAAGUCGUCACUCUUUUCCACGAGCUAGGCCAUGGCAUUCAUGACCUGGUUUCUCGAACCAUAUAUUCAAGGUUUCACGGAACGAAUACUGUUGGUGACUUCGUCGAAGCUCCAUCCCAAAUGUUGGAAAACUGGUGCUGGGAGCCGGAGCAACUGAAGGAACUGUCUUCGCAUUAUGAAACCGGCGAACCGCUCCCAGAUGGCCUCAUCACCGCAUUGAUCAAAUCUAAACAUGUCAACGACGGGCUUUUCAAUCUACGUCAGCUACAUUUCGGAAUUUUCGACAUGCGAGUUCACGAGUUGAACCUGCCUCAGGACGAAAACAUCGACUCAAGUGCUACCUAUAACAAUUUACGAAGUGAGAUCGCAGGUCUAGAUGGUCCAGCCGAUCCUAAGUUCGGACAGGGCCAAACCACCUUUGGCCACCUCAUGGGGGGGUACGACGCCGGAUACUAUGGGUACUUGUGGUCUUUAGUUUUCGCUUCCGAUAUGUACUUCACCGGAUUUAAGAAGGACCCUAUGGAUCCUAAGAAUGGAAGACGGUAUCGUCAUGAAGUUUUAGAAAAGGGGGGCUCGAGGGAUGAAAUGGAAUCUUUGAAGGCAUUCUUGGGUCGCGAACCGAACUCGGAGGCCUUCUUCAAGGAGCUCGGCAUUAAAAAAUAA